UAAGUUGAAGAUCCUCUCCUUUUAUUAUCUGUGUUAAUAUUUGGGUGAUAUUUCUGCACACAUUUAGUGUGAAAAUGUGGUGUUGGAGACACUUAUAAUGGAGAGAGAUUUGCUCAGACAAUCUGUAUCGUAUCAUGGUGAAAACCUGUUGUCACUGUUAAAAUGUGAACAGAAUGAAAACCCAGACUUUAAACAUGUGGCUGCUGAUCUCACCAAAACUCUUAACCAAAGGGAUACAGAAGAUACAAGUCCUGUUCUGGAACAGUACAUAGCAAGGAAAGCUGAUCUUCUGUUUGCACCAUCAUGGAAAUCAUCCACACCAGCAGAUGAAUGGCAGGAGGAAUCUGGAGAGGCGUACGCCAUCAUGCCCCCGCUGGAGCAGUUCAUGGAGGUGUCGUUUGAAGAGAGGCGUGAGCUCUUCUACAGGGACGUGGAGCGUGGAGACAUGCUUAUCGGAAGGAUCAAUUCAGUACGAGACUUCGGUUUAUUUGUAACGCUUCUCUGCACCGCUGGUGGACUGGAGAGGGAUAUCGAGGAUCUUGAGAUAAAGGCCCUCUGUCCAGUAAGAAAUGUGCCUUCGACUGGAAAUCAUGAUGAUCCUUUGUCUUAUUACCAGAUUGGGGAUUUAAUCAGAGCUGGGGUGAAGGACAUUGACCGCUACCACGAGAAGCUGACGCUAUCCCUGUACUCCUCUUCGCUGGCUACUCACUUGAAUAAAGUCAAACUGGGUGUCAUAAGCAAAGAAGAUCUUCCUCUUCAUUAUACCCGGGGUGAAAACGUGGCCACGGAUUGCAACGAGACUUAUGAGAAGCUUUUGGACGACUCGCUUGGCUUGUCCAACCCCUUAAAUGUGGACUACCUCCUGGGAAAGCUGGGAAUAAGUGGUACUCAAACUCCUUCACUAAUGAGGGGGCUUCAGAGCAAGCGCUUCAAAGAAGAGGAUUUUGGAACAGCUAUUCGGAAGAAGCAAUCUGUAUCCUGGGCCUUGAAAUGUGUUAAAACCGGUGUGGACCAUUUCAAAUCGGGUCGUCACGUAGACGCAAUGAACGAGUACAACAAGGCCUUAGAGAUCGACACCAACAACGUGGAGGCGCUCGUGGCUCGCGGAGCGCUAUAUGCAACCAAAGGAAGCUUGAUGAAAGCUAUCGGUGACUUUGAGCUGGCCUUGGAGAGCUGUCCCACGCACAGGAAUGCUAAGAAAUACCUCUGCCAGACGCUAGUGGAAAGAGGAGGACAACUUGAAGAGGAAGAGAAGUUGGUGACCGCCGAGGGUCUGUACAAAAGAGCCGUGGUGUUGGACGACACGUUUCGAGAGGCAGCCGAGGCGCUGGAGAAGCUUCAGAUACGCAUCCAGAAAUCGCUUAAAUUGAAAGAACAGGAAGCUGCCAAAGAGCAGGAAAGAUCUAAGACCGUGGAGACAAGUGCAGAGAAAUUGCGUAAAAUCCUAAAAGAAGAGAAAAGAAUUAAGAAGAAGAAAAGAAAGCGGUCGACCUCUUCCUCCACGUCCUCAGACUCGUCUUCAACCACGGGCGACGACUCCCCUUCAACGAGUCGGAAGAAGUCGAAGAAACGGAAGCACAAGCGCCGGCGCUCGUCUCACGGCAGUAAGAAACACAAGCGGAGGGUGUCGUCUUGUAGCGAUAAGACGCUCGAGGACGACUGGUUCCCGGCUCCUGCGAACACCUCGGCCUCUUACAUCAACCAGAAACAGUCCAUAACCAAACUCCUCGGCGAAGGAGAACAGCCCUGGGGAAAAGGCCGGAGCGAAGACGGGAGAGGUAGGUUUGAAGACGUUACCGACAGGAGUCCGGAGAACGUCAAAGAUGGGUCUAGACUGGGAGGAGCGGAUGCAAACGGUGGGACGCACGGCACCGCAGAUCGUGCCAGAAGCAGGAGGGAUUCUUCCUCCUCGAGCCAAUCCGAAUACUCUCACCAAUCUGACCGCUACUCCAAGGAGUGCUCCUCGCAGGGCAGAAACCGCUGCGUGUCGGAGCGAAGCGGGGACGAGAAGAUGGAGAGAGCGGAGAGAAACAGCCGCGGUCAAGAGGAGCGACGCUCUUCGGUCGGAAGCCUCAAGAAAGAUCUUCCUUCCAAUUUGGUGGACAUUUUUAGUCAAAUCGCCGAAUUUAAGAAGGACAAAAAGCCGAAGUAGUAAA